AAUUUACUCAGAAGUAUUCCAAAAAAUAUAUUACAAUGUUCUUUAAAAGACUUGAUUCCCACACUUCCAUUAUCAGAAGCUGUAGAAAUGCUCAGCGAUGAUGUUAAUUUUGUCCUGAACCAUCAGAUGGAUUUCAUAUUUUCAUGUCUGUGGAUUACUGAAAUUGCCAAAUGGAAAAGACUAAAAUUGAAAGAAACGAAAAAAUCACAUUGAAAUUUGCUAUCGAGAAAAUAAAAGACUUGAAAAACAAAGUCCUGGAGAAUGUUGAGCACAUGUUCGAAGGUGAUAUACAUCUCGGGGAUUUGGAUUGCUGGAUUCAUGGACCUGGAAAGCACAUGUUCAAAUAUGGUGCACCAAAUGUAUUGCCUGGCAUUAAAGACUUUUUGGAAUAUUGCAGAACAGCUGGUCUUAAAGCAGAAACGUUGAAGAAAUUUUCAUCUAAAGUUGUCAACGUAUUCGCGCAAAUAGAAGUCUAUGAAGAGCUCUCGCGCUGCGUUCCUGCGGCCUGUUUAAUUAUGAAAAUGAAAGACUGCUUUGGAAUUGCAGAGGAAUCCUUGUACCUUCAUGUCAAAUACAUUAGUGAAAAAAUUUACUCAAAAAACAUCAUGUUGAAAGAUAUCAAGAAAAACGUUUUCUUUGUUGCACCAAUGCUUUCCGAUCUUCUCAUAUCAGAUAUGGUCGAAUUAUUUGAAAAUUUUUUAAAACAUAACGAUUUCAGAUACUGGAUUCAAUCAACAAUGCGAGAUGCCAAAGAAAUCAAUGUUAUGUGCGAACUGGUCGCGAACUCAUACUCAAAAGUUACAGACAGUCCGAAAUACAGUAAAGAUCAUAAUAAUUUUACAAUAAUAAUGAGAGAUUUCACCAAUGCUGUGAAUGGAUUCGCACCACUGCUUUUUGACAUUCAAAACAAAAGAAUUCCAUUUGAAGAAUUAAUUAAAAGGUGUCAAAUAGUGGGAAGAAAUUUCAAAGCAAAUCCCGAAAUAGGGCAACAGUGGGAGAAUUCCGCACGAAAACUGACGUUUUUUAAAGAAGUGGAAUUUCAAAAUAUAUCUGUUAGACAUGAAUCUGUGUAUGUGAAGGCGAAGGAAAUCGCUGAAAAUGGAAUCUUCAGUAUCUCUGUAUUACCUGACAAUCAAGCAUCAUUUAUGGCUGAUAUCAGUGUGACUGUACCGCCUUCAGAUACUCAUCAAGAAAGAAAAGUAAUACUGCACGAUGACCUGCAGGACAUUCAAGCACUGAUUUCAUUAAUGACUGAGGGAUCUGAUCAAGCAAAUGAUACUUCCCAAAUAUUCAGUGCAAGACUCAAAGUAUCCGAACGCUUUGCAAAGGUUUUGGUAGAGCUCAGUCAAGCCAGAUGUACACUCUUUGAUACAUGUAUUGUUAACAUUUAUCCAGUGCAAGACAAGAGAUUCACAAUUGAAAUGAAAUUUGAAGGAAGUGAUCCUAUGGAAGAAAAUCAAUGUGAGCUUUCAGAUGUGGAAUCUCUCGCUUCUCUUCUAGAGGAAACACUAAAAAAGUGGCAACGGCAUGUUGAUAAUCAAAGAAAGCAGCAUUAUUUUUUAAAUGAAUUCAACAUAGAGCAGAUGUCAUACCUAAGCAAAGAGCUGGCUAUUUACAAUAAGAACAAUGAGGACGGACCCCUCCCACAUCAGGUAUGCGCGCUGUUGUCUAUCGUUAGAAGAGACACAAUCAACGAUAUGCGCAACUUGUUAAAGGAGGCUAUCGAUAGUAUUAAUGGUACAUCAAGAGUAGGAGAAGACAGCAAUCAGGAUGGUAGCACAGGAGAUCAUGCAGAAAAAGUCAAACUUGUAGAAACCUUACGUAAAGAAGCACGUUGCUCACGUGAAGUGGCAAAGGCUGCUAUACAGAAAGAAGGGGUAGACAAGAUAAAAUGCCGAAGAUGGAUAAUGAAAAGCAAGAAAAAAGCAAAACUUAUUCAACAACUCUCAGAAAAGUUUGACGAAGAUAUAGCUUUUAUUUCACCUAGUGAAAGAAAGGAAGCAAAGCAACAAACAAAUAGAAGCAACAUAAUUCUAUCUAUUAAAAAAAAAUGUCAAAACUUCAUGGAGAAUGGACAUGGCUUAGGACUUGGUCAACUAGGAAGACUUCUACAACUACUGAGAGAUCAAACAAAUCUCAGAUUACUAAAUCGCACGCUAACCUUGCCUCUUAAGCGUGGAACUCCCAAUCUUAUUUGCCACAAUCAGAAAAUGUAUGAAACUAUUUUAUCACUUUACAUGGAAGGCAGUGAUCAAUCCCUCCCAACAUCUUCAGAAGUUCUUAUCUGUAGCGAAACAACAUCAACUAAAACUGUUGAGAGGUUCUUGCACAGGGUAAUGAAAAAAUGCGAAAACAAAGGGACACCAUUAUUCGUUCUAGCUGCUAUUGAUUGUCUAGGAAAUUCUGUAAUGAAAGAUGUGGAGAGAAUUUAUCACAAUUUGAAAGAAGAUGAAUUGAAGGACCCUGACUACCAACUGGUUAUUCUAUGUCAGAAUAUCAAAAGUUAUCUUGCAUUAUGCUUCGAACCGAAUACUGUUGAAGGACUACGAAUAAAAAAAGACAAUAAAAUCGCUGAAUACUUGCAAAGCUGUUUGAUAGCAGAUGGAAGAUAUGAAAAAAGUGCUGCAGCUAUUGAUGACAAAAGAAGUUUAGUUCGAGUUGUGACAUCAAGCUCAUCAGGAGCAGGAAAAAGUCUUUAUAUAACAAGAUUGAAAAACAAACUUAAAAAGCGAGAUACUCAACCAAGAUUUACAACUGUGAGAUUUCUUGAAAAAGUAUUGACAUCCCAGCAAGCGACACGAAAAUUAAUUUCAGAAAAUUCUCCAGUUACGCAUGAACAUCUUGUUCAUUUGGACAUCUCUACUGCGGUUAAAAGCGGAAUUGAAGAAUUUCUCUUUAAUUUGCUGAUUCUGGGGAGCAUUGAGGGAAAUGAUGGGAAGAUAUGGCAGAGACAUUCAAACCACUAUUAUGUGAUCGAAGUUACAGAUGACAAUCUUGUAAAAAAGCAUUCUGAUGUCUCACUUCUGAAUCUUCUGCCACGUAUUACAACUCUACAGCCACAUGAAAUAUUUAACCAUACCUCCAAUGAAGAAAAUGCGAUUGGAAUGGAUACCAUGAAGUUCGAGUCUGCAGAAUUUUCAAAGGCCCUACCAGUAUUUCAAGCACCGACAAUCAAACUUGAAUAACUUUCUUUUUGAGGGAAUCAAAGGAAAUGAAAGC